AUGUCUCAUUUUUCUGAUCGUUGUAAAACAGAUCCUGAUGAAGAUAGUGAAAUUAAACGUAAAAGAAGAUAGGUUCAACAAUUCAUCUAAAAUUCAAAAGAAGAAUAAAAAAGGAUUACCAUUCUUUUUAAAAAGGACUUAGAUUUAUAAAGUUAGAAAAUAAAAGAAAGAAUUCAAAAAAGAAACUUUAAUAAAGCAAUAACAAAAUCUUCAAGUUGUGGUGUAUAUAUGUCAAGCAACACUAAUAGUGAAUCUUAAUCAUUGGCUGACACUGAUGAUUAUUAAGAGUCAUUAUAUGAAGAUGCUUUAUUAGAGUUAGAUAACUAAAGAGAUGAAAAAAUCUAUAGAAUAGUUUAACAUUAUAACAAUUAAAUUAAUAAUUUAAGAGUGAUAGAAUACACAGAAGAAACACUAUAACAAAUGUUAAUAUUUGAAAAAAAAAAAUGGGAAGAAAUUCAAAAUAUUUAAGAAUAAUAUGAAUUAAUAAAGAGUAAUUAAAUCAAACAAUGA